AUGGGCAACUCUUCAUCUCGCGGGCGAUCAAAGCCGAGGCAGGGCCAGCAGACGACCAUGAAGUGGAGCGUCGAUGGAUUCUCCUUACUCCUUGACAAGGGUGAAGGAUGGACCUGCUCCAGAGUGUUUGAGAUUAUGGGCCACAACUGGUACCUGAAACUGAAUCCAAGGGACAAGAAGAGCGGUGACGACAAGGAGUACGCUUCUCUAAUGCUUCAGCUGGCGAGCAGCUCAGUGAAGCCCGAUACUGUCGUGGAGGCCUCUUUCAAGUUGCUGAUAUAUGACCAAUCGUACGGAAAGCACAGAGAGUAUCAAGUUAGGCACAGUUUUCAGACUGCAAGCACAAGCUCCGGAGCCUCAUGCAUGAUUUCCCUUGAAAAACUGAAAGAACGGCCCUCCAAGUUUAUUGUCAAUAGCAGCUGCACCUUUGGUGUCGAGUUCAUCAAAGUCACCACUUCCAAAGUGAGCACGACGUCAGAAACUCUAUUUGUUCAGAAGCCGAGCAUCUUCAACGAGGCCAAGACUUACACCUGGGGCAUCGAGGACUUCUUUGCACUGAAGAACUCCGGCUACUCGCCGGAGAGUAUCGGUAUCUGUAAGUCUUGCGAUGGGAACCACCUCACCUUGAGCCUGCGCAUGAAAAAAACAAAUGAUCUCCCUAAUGACUCUGCGAACCUGGUAGAAUUGAGCUUAUCGAUCAAACACCAGGAAGGCGACAAUCACCGGAAAGGAACAGCCCGGAGCCAGUUUACAAACAAGGCUAGUUGCUGGGUAUGGAAAAAGUUCAUCUCGCUGGAGGAUUUCAAGGACUCCUCAAAUGGCUAUCUCGUGAAGAACAAGUGCUGCAUCGAAGCUGAGGUUGCAAUCGUUGGUUCAUCAAAGAUGGAGUAG